AUCGCGAAGGCGACUGGUCACACUGACGGCCACAUCAAAAUCUGGGGGUCUGGCGUGUGACCCUGUUAAUUCUAUCUUGCAAUAAAAUAGCUGUGUAAUCUAAGAUAAGCCUUGCGCCAUUAAAAUAGUGAUAUAGUGAAAAUUCUAGUGUAAUUUAUGUGGAUAAUAUGGAACGUGCUACGGGAACAGAAGUAUACGGGUGUGGCUCGCCUCAAACCUCGGACAUAACGCUGAAUAUACAAACGACGACGGGUGGUAACUUCUCAAUCAGUUUGAACGACAAAAAUACAGUGGAUCACCUCAAGAAACUGGUUUCGAAGAAACUCAGAGUCGCAAAAGAUCGAAUAUGCCUCCUGCAUCGCGAAAGGCAACUGACGGACGGGACCCUCGAGGAGAACGGGGUUCUGGACGGCUCGCGGAUCAUACUGCUGCCGAGCGUCGAGACGGGCCUCCUGAGUCAAAGACCUGAAAAUUCUGUGAUGCAGGCAUUAGAAUCCCUGAAUGACACGCAAGUCAAUGAUUUCUUGAGUGGGAAAUCACCAUUAAAUCUGACCAUGCGGUUGGGAGACCACAUGAUGUUGAUUCAGUUGCAGCUGUCCACACUUAACUCUAGUUCCUCAAAUUCUGCCCGCCCUCUGCGGCCCAAAUUUCCGGUCCCGAUUGCCCGCCCCAAAUGUGAACCCAGGGAAACACCCAGCCCUCAGAGUACUCCUCAGAAACCCAGCAGUAGCAACGAGUCCACAGAAGAAAGUGACAAGCCCAAACGCAUAACCAUUAUACAAAAACAGGAUCUAGAAAUGUUACAGAAUUUUUUGUACAGAUCCAUGGCUGAUAAUGUAGAUAAAGCUGAAUCUUCUGAUGACAAAGAUGAAUCAAUGGACACCACAAAUGGCACCCUGUCAGAUAUUUCUAGCACAUCUUUAGAUAAUGAACAGUCCCCAAUAAAGUCUUUAUCUAAUUUGGUGUCUAGUCCUAUCGAUGCAUCUACCUCUGAGAGCAAAGCUGAUGCUGCUCUUGUGAACUCUGUAAAAAGUAAUUUGAUAGAUUUGUUAUCGCAAAGUAAGUUAAAUAGUGAAGUGAUUCCUUCUACAAGUGCCAUCAGUGACCAGCCAUGCCCUUCCACGUCUUCUUUGACCCAGGACAGUUCAGCCAGUGAUGACAGCGACAAUUUUGCUGACCAGAGUUCAUUCCUUGCCGAGAGCACCAUAGAUGAGUACCCAAUGGAGAAUCUGUUCAACAGUGCGAUUGACAAAGGAUUAUUUGAGGAACAAGAUGAGUCUAUGAUGGACAGGGAGAUAUCAAACCUGGCUACAACAAGUCACGGGGCCCAAGAGACUACGGCUGGCACACUUCCCUCUUUCCAAAGCAUAAAUGAGCCUUUAAAAAAUAAACGCUUCCAAUAUUUACUUCACAAAACAUCCAAGUUCAAGCACCCUAUUGGGCAGAAUAAACAAAAAGCAUUUAUGCAGUCUGUGGUGAACAAACACAAAAAAAGGAUGCAGAUAAAGCAGGACAGCAAUCUAGCACAGCCCUCCACGUCUCGGACAGAUCCGUACAUAACAAAUUCAAGAAAGUUGAUUCUUCAGCCGAGCAGUGGGCAGGCAGCGGACGAUGCUACUCCAUCUACCUCAAAACAGCAGGUUCCUUUCAAGGCACCCGAUGCUCCAAAGAAGCCACAGAGAGCGUCACCAACACCGCUUGUCGAUACAAAAGCCUUAAUAGAGGCGUCAAAGAACUUGACACAGAAGUUGAAGAAAUUGUCAAAGGAAGUGUUGACAAACAAAAUUGAUCUCAGAAGUGCUGAGGAGGUUGUUCGCCAGAAAAUAGGCCCUGGGGCUGUGAUAGAGUCCAUGAAGCACCAUGGCAAAGGAAUAUAUUCAGGGACGUUUUCGGGCACAUUAAAUCCAGCACUGCAAGACAGAUAUGGGCGACCAAAGAGGGACAUCUCCACUAUUAUCCACAUACUGAACGACUUACUAUGUGCCACACCGCCUCUUGCUUUGGCGCAGAAGGAACAGAAGCACUCGUGCGCGAGCACGUCGAGCGCGGCCGAGCAGCCGCGCGCGUGCGGCGCGUGCGCGUGCGCCGACUCCUGCCACAAGUGCGACAGCGCGAAGGCGCUCGCGCUCGACAACUCCAAGACCAAGGGCAAGCUGGAGCAGCUGCGCCUCGUCAUGCAGCAGAAGAAGCAGCGCCGCGAGGCUCGCAAGCUGGGCCGGCCCUACGCGCCGCCGCCGCCGCCCAAGCCCGAGCGCGACGAGAUCGACACGCUCGCCUAACGCGGCCCGUACGAGGCCCGGCCGUCGCGGGUGCACAGUGCGCGACCGACCGACGUCGACGAGAUCGACACGCUCGCCUAACGCGGCCUGCCUGAGGCCCGGCCGCCGCGGAUCAACAUUGCUGGUCGACCGACGCCAAGAUCGACAUGCUCGCCUAACGCGGCCCGCCCGAGGCCCGGCCGCCGCGGAUCAACAUUGCGUGGUCGACCGACGCCGACGAGAUCCACACGCUCGCAUAACGCGGCCCGCCCGAGGCCCGGCCGCCGCGUCUGUGUUUUUUUAAUCGCAAACCAGUCGAAAAGUGGUCGAAAAGCCCCUUUUUUGUAUGGAGUUUUGACGGAUUCGAUUUUCGAUUCGAUCAAAAAGUGCGUUUUGUCUAGAGGGGCUGGACAGUGCGCGCUCGACCGACGCCUACGAGAUCGACACGCUCGCCUAAAGGUUCGGCCGAACCAACGCGGUCAUCCGGCGUGCAGCGACGGCGAUCAAUGCUUUAAGGGUUCGGCCAAACCAACGCGAUCACACCGCGAUCAGCCGGCGUGAUGGCGACCAGACCUAAAUGCGUUGAUCGCCAUCGCUGCACGCCGGCUGAUUGCGCCGCGUUGGUUUGGCCGAACCUUAACGCGCUCGGCCACCGCGGAUGUGUGUGAACAGUGCGCGCUCGACCGACGCCGACCCGCGAUCGGCCUCCGAAGACCGCUCGAGUGACAUUCGACCGCUUUUUGAGUCUGUGCGUGCGAUCAUCGAUGCGUGAACGCUGAGCGACCGGGGACGCCCGGUGAUAUAUUCUAAAUUACCAUUUUGACUAAGUUCGGAUCGUAGACGUAAUAUUAUAAGUGCUAUUAUCGCGUGUACAAAUGAUACAAGAUUGAAUUAGCGAAUUCACUAGAUAUAGUUUAGUGACACGAUGAGGGCCGGCCCGGUUGCCCGGUGCGGCUCCGAAUUGAUUUUUGUUGUUAUAUUUUAGAGUAUAUUUUAUUAUAUUAUCGGUUCAGUCAACUUUUAGACGUUUGUGUACCUAGUUUAAUUUUUGGAAAUGACUAUUUGAUCGAUUAACUUUCGAAAUUAAGUCGUAUUUACGGAUUAAUAAAGUAUCUUAUAUUAGGGGAUUAAAGUUCACUUAUUCGUAACGGGGCGCCGAGUAGCUGUGCGGUGUGGGACGACCGACGAAUCCACAUUUUAGUAGAUUAAUUGGCACUGUUAUUCUUAAAGUUAUUUUUUCUUUGUUUUCUUUUCUCCAUUCACGGAUGUUGUUAAAUCUAAUAAAUGUUUUCUGCAUUGAGUUGUUUCGUUUAGUUAUUAUUUGUUAAAGCUUCGGGUUUGGUUUAUUUGACUGAAAUAUCUGGAUCUUGUACACUGUUCAAUAUCGCAUCGCAGCAUUCGAUCGUACGGCGACACUUGCACUAGAUUAGAAAAAGCUUUGUACAUACCUAUUAUGCAAAGUGAUAGUUAUAAAAUGCUUUAUGAUUAUACUUCGAUUUAUUAUUACGCCGAACUAUUAUCGUUGGACCGCUAAGGAAUAAUUUAAGGGUAUCAUCGUUUGUAAAAUAGUCUGUGAAUAAUAAUUGGUGAAACUAUAUCGAUCCACUACAUAGCAGAGAUGAAUAUUUAUGAUGUAAGUAGUACAUAACGUGGGAAGUAACAUAACGCUUUAUUCGUUUGUAUUUGCGAGCAGCGGUCGGAUUGUGGGUAAUAUUAGAGGUGUACUGGCGCGCAUGGGUCAGUAGGGAACGGAAGUGUGAACUGUGAUUAGAAUAUUUUUACACGCAUGCAUUCAUUCUUUAUUUAUUUAUUCGUCUAUAAAAAAACUUCACGUUGGAGGCGCGAUAUCAGGUUUUUUUAGUUAAAAUGAACUUCUGGUUUAACACAAAAGUAAUUACAUUUAUCAAACCAUUAUCUACACGUACCACGCCGGGUUAGAUAUAGAAAACCUCGAUCACUUAGUAAUUAACUUAUCAAAACUCAUUAACGUCCAUUUUAGGUUAUUAAGUAUAACUGCACGUUUCUAUUAUCUACAUGUUAAUUUCUUAUAUUAUUAGUCGAUAUUUCUUAAUCUUAAAAUUAUAUGGUUAAUUCAGCAAAAUAUCUGUUUGCUCAUUAGCUACAGCUUAAUGGGUUUCAUGACUCCUUGAGUGUUUCGUUUACUUCGAUUUCUAUUUCUCGAAAUGAGUCGGAAUAUCGUAAAUAAAGUAAAGGUGAGGGCAAAAUAGCGACUUGAUUUGUGACUCGCGUAAUAUGUAUUAUGAAAAUAUAUAUGCGAUUUAUUUGCGUUCCGAACUACACACACACAGUUUACAUAAAAUGAAAGCAGCUUUGACCUUGUGUAACCUCAGCCUUACCUUUAUUUUCGAUAUUUCCUUCCAACUCAUUUUGUAUUGAAACUGUAGUUUUCUCUCAUAACGGUUCUAUAAUAUCUACCCGUUACAAUACUGCUUUGAAUGCUGUUUUGUUUAAAGCAAUCUAAUUAACCUAAAUAUAAUUAAAUAACAAAGACCCUCAGACCCACCAGAAAAGCAACUAACAUUUAAUUUUAGUAAUAGUUAUUUACGUACAUGAGACUUAAUAAAAAUGAACUUCACUACAUUUUUACAGAACUGUCGAAUCCUCGUUAUAAUUCUUUUAACCCACUUUUUACUUUAUUUAGAAGGUAACAUAUUUUUUAAUGUCGGAUUCAUUCAUUUUGUUUACAAAAUCGUUUCAGUAUUAGAUAUCACAAUGAUUCCACGACUUAGAAAAAGUUGAAUGCAUAACGGGGUUUUGAUACGCUUUUUACUUGACACCAUUUCUUGUAGAAGUUCUCAGCAACUGAGUUACGUACGUUAUUUCAUUUCAAGAUUGAAAUGCAUGCCGACUUAGAAGUCUUCCAUUAAGUUUGCUCUCGAAAAAGAUUUGGUCCCGUUUAAGCAAUAAGAACCAACCGAGAGUCCUGCUUAAAAGUGCCUAAACAUUUAGGAUUAGUUGUGGAUGUAUAGCCCUCGGUUUUAUUACUACCUGAAAUCCUAACAAUAUUGUUUCCUCACCAAUCUGGCUCAGAUCUCAUUAUUAUAAACACAUUCAGAUUGAUUUUAAAAGAUUUUCUGCCUUGUAUAUAAAUUUGUUACCAAUCUUAUUUAGUCGUGAUUUUUUGUUAUAAGGUUUGAAGGAAUCGUGAAUUGUUUUGUCCUGUAUUUGCAUGUCUAGUGAGGAGAAUAAAGUUACAUAACAAAACUAUUUUUGGGAUGCAUUUUAUUUAACUACCUUCUGUAUGUGUUUCUGAUAUAGGAAAUAGUUAAACUACAAGAAAAUAAACAUGCAGUCUGUUCUAAUAUAUAUUUAAUUUACUGAUUGUCAUGUGUAGUAAAUGUGUGAAGUAAAACUACCACAUAGUUAUUCUGGUCCUAUCAAAACAGAACACAAUAUGUGCAUCGAUAUCUGAUAUGCCGUCAACAAUAAUCACAACACAAUAUACAAAUCAUCUAUUACAAUGUCUUACAACGGUAUCCAACGCACUUAAAAAUAAUUUUAAGUUUGUAAGAUGAUCUUAACAAAGUCGGAUCGUUUCAGCUUACGAACUAGGAACAACAGCGAUAUAAAACUGAAUACUCGGAAGGUCUCGACAAAAACAACAUCUGUACUUCUCGUAAUUAUUUUAUUAUAAAGUUAUCUCAUAUAAAUUAGCACAUAACCCACGCGCACACACACGCCGGCGAGGAGGCGGCCGAGGACAUAAUAUUCCCUACUAAAUAAAAAAAUUAAACGCGACAGUCCAAUGGCGAAAGCCAA